AAUGGCGUCAGUUGGCACUGAAGAACACUCCAGCCAGGUUUGUUUAUAGUGCGCAUAUUAAAAUUGGGAGGCGGCGGUUAGAAAGCUGAGCUGAGAAACCCGUUUUCUUUAUUUUGUAAUUAUUAUUCCUUGGCCUAAUUCGUAUGUAAUAGUUUCACCUCAGUGGCAGUAAAACGUUGGCAAAAUGACAGGUGCGGCUUUUAUAAUCGUUUUGUUUUUAUUGGCCUUUGGCUUUGCUCCAGAAUCUGUAGCCGCUGGUACUGAUGAAUUGGUAUACGGUUACGAAUGCCAGAGUGGCAAAUGUCGCAAGGUCGAAUUGACUGAGACGAAUUUCGUCAAGGCAAUUAGCCUACCAGUUUGCAGGCUCUUCUGUGGCAGCAGCAUUGGCACCCUGUGGCCCAAACCCACUGGAGCCGUGCAGCUAGAGCCGCUGAUGCGCCAGGUGGACAUGUCUAACAUUGAGGUCCAAAUACCAAGUGGACUGAGCAGAAAAGAGAAAAAACUAUGGAAGGCAACGGAGCAGCGUUGGAUGGACUUGCUGGAGGCGAAGAUACCCAAUCGCAAGAUCCUCAAAGAGGGUGGCUAUCAACUUACGGUUAGCAUCAAAACUACGGAUAAUGGAGGAGCGCCUUAUAGACUCACCCUGGACACUGAUGAGAGUUAUGCUUUGAGUGUUGGCUCUGAAGUCGCUGGUGAGAUCUUGGCAAACAUUACAGCUGGCAACUUCUUUGGUGCUCGUCACGCCCUGGAAACGCUCAAUCAAUUGAUUGUCUACGAUGAUAUUAGACGAGAAGUCCAGGUGACGGCGAAUGCUUCCGUCAGCGAUGCGCCUGUCUAUAAGUGGCGUGGAUUGCUACUGGAUACCUCACGCAACUAUUACUCCGUGAAGUCUAUCAAGCGCACAUUGGAUGGUAUGGCCAUGGUGAAACUGAACACAUUCCACUGGCACAUCACGGACUCGCACAGUUUCCCGUUGGAAGUGAGCAAGCGACCAGAACUGUCCAAAUUGGGCGCCUAUACGCCCAGUAAGGUCUACACCCAUGCCGACGUGGAGGAUAUAGUGGAAUAUGGACGAGAGCGUGGCAUACGUGUGAUGCCCGAAUUUGAUAGUCCGGCGCAUGUGGGCGAGGGAUGGCAGCAUAAGAAUAUGACCGCCUGCUUCAAUGCACAGCCCUGGAUGCAGUAUUGUGUGGAGCCGCCGUGUGGACAACUGGAUCCCACAGUCGAUGAUAUGUACAAUGUGCUGGAGGACAUUUUCAGUGAUAUGUUCAAGCUUCACAAUCCGGAUGUGUUUCACAUGGGCGGCGAUGAAGUGUCCGUGUCCUGUUGGAACAGCAGUGAGACAAUUCGCAACUGGAUGCUGAAGCGUGGUUGGGGCCUGACCGAGGCGGAUUUCAUGCGUCUGUGGGGACACUAUCAAGAGGAGGCACUCAAACGAGUUGAUCGCGUGGCCAAUACAACAAAUACACCGGUUAUCAUGUGGACCAGCAAGCUCACCAAUGCACCCUACAUCGAUGACUAUUUGGAUCCAUCGCGUUAUAUAAUUCAGAUCUGGACUGAGGGCCAUGACAAAGUGAUUCAGGAGAUAUUGAAACGUGGCUACCGCAUCAUCGUCUCUAACUAUGAUGCUUUGUACUUUGAUUGCGGCGGCGCCGGUUGGGUGACCGGUGGCAAUAACUGGUGCUCCCCCUACAUUGGCUGGCAGAAGGUCUAUCAGAAUAGCCUGACCAAGAUCGCCGGUGACUAUGAGCAUCAUGUGUUGGGCGCCGAGGCAGCCAUCUGGUCUGAGCAGAUCGAUGAGUACACACUGGACAAUCGUUUCUGGCCACGCGCAAGUGCUUUGGCCGAACGCCUCUGGUCCAAUCCGACUGAGGGCUGGCGUCAAGCGGAGUCACGCAUGCUGUUGCAUCGCGAACGUCUUGUGGAGAAUGGCAUUGGGGCGGAGGCACUGCAGCCGGAGUGGUGUCUGCAAAACGAAAACGAGUGUCCCGUUGACGCGUAUGCUCAUUAGUUCUUUUCUUGUGUUUCCAACUCAGUCAAUUGUGUACAACUCUGUUACAUUUAUACUUAUAGAUAUGCUAAGCGCAACAAGAAUGGGCUGCCCAGCUGCCUGCACCUGCUCCUCGUUGCCUUAACGCUUUGUGCCUGCAAUAAAUAAAUAAAUAACAGUUGAACAAUCAAA